AUGUCGCGCUCCUCGGCAGGCUUUGCAGACUUCUUCCCUACUGCGCCGUCUGUCCUCCAGCAAAAACGAUUUAAAGUAACUAGGGAGCGACCGCGACCUAAGGCCCAAGUUGAUAGUGAACAUAGCGAUGAAUCAUCGACGUGCCCCACGGAAACAAGAGCUUUUCUCAACUCGUCUAACGGCGGUGCAUCACUGGAUUCUGGACAAAUAUCUUCUACUGAUUUAAAGAAAACGUCACCUGAAUCAUCUGUAGAAGGUUCUGCAAGCUCUACAACAGGAGAUCGCCCGGCUUUUAGCACAUCUGUUGCUCAGCAUGGCGCGAGCUCGCAUGAAGCACGUCUUGACACCCUAACUCCUCUUACCAAUGCCGAGUCAUCGCCCGCUCAUAGAGCAAACUCACCCCGGAACAAAAUAGCAGAAGAGGUUGUUGCAAAUGCUAUUGUCGAUACUAAGAGUGGAAUAAACCCUCUCCAUACCCCACCAACGCCACAGUCUCAAGGCCGUCGCACUGGAAGCAUCAGAGGUUAUAAGCUGGUCUAUGACCCUGACUCCGAAAAACGAUCAUCCUCGAAGGAGAAGCGAAGGAAACCCCGUUAUGUCGAUAUUAUCUUGAGCGAACAAGAUAAUUGCCCACCAGAUCCUCGCCUUGGGAUUCCAAAUUACAUGCGAGGUGCCGGUUGCAAGCAGAAGAGGAAAUAUCGACCAGCGCCCUAUCCUUUAAAGCAUUGGCCUUAUGAUGCUUCAACGACAAUAGGGCCCGGGCCUCCUGCGCAGAUAGUCAUCACUGGUUUUGAUCCUCUCACCCCCAUCGCGCCGAUCAGCGCCCUGUUUUCAAGUUUCGGAGACAUUGCCGAGAUAAAUAACCGCACGGAUCCGAUUACUGGCAGGUUCCUUGGAAUAUGCUCAGUAAAGUACAAAGAUAGCGCUUCAUUUCGGGGUGGCGGUCCUGUCCUCGCAGCAAGCGCAGCUAGGCGAGCAUUCUAUGAAUGCAGAAAAGAGCAGCGCAUCGGGACGCGAAGGAUCAGGGUUGACUUGGAUCGCGAUGGGGUUGUUUCAGACAGAUUUGUGGCUAGGGCAAUUGAGUCCCAGAGGAUGGGACAGAAGAGCAAUCUUCUAUCUACGGAAGAGGCGAAAUCAGAUUCGGAAAUAAAGAGAAAUGAGCCCCCUCCGACGGCGCCGAAAGGUCCUUCUGGAAAACCAUCUGUUCGCCCUAUGGUUGUGAUUCCUGAAGGACCGAGGGCAAAUUUUCUUAAACCCGUCAUGCCGUCCUUGGUUGAGGAAGUGCCCAUUUUGAGUCAGAUCAAAAGGGAUCCGUACAUCUUCAUUGCUCAUUGCUACGUACCAGUCCUUAGUACAACCGUUCCCCACCUUAAGAAAAGGCUCAAGCUAUUUAACUGGAAAGACAUUCGUUGCGACAAAACCGGGUACUAUAUUAUAUUUGAGAACUCUAGGCGCGGUGAGGAAGAAACUGAGCGCUGCUACAAAAUGUGCCACAUGAAGCCUCUGUUCACCUAUAUCAUGAAUAUGGAAAGCCAGCCUUAUGGCAAUCCCAGCUACGAGCGCAGUCCAAGUCCUGAGCGAUGUCGAGCAGAACAACGCGAGCGAGCAGAAAGAGAAAGAUUGAAAAGAGAAGUGGGUCUUGAUAUCGAAGAAGAGAAAAAGCAGCGAGCGGUUGACCUUGACCCCUGCCAAGAAGUAAUAACCAUCAUAAUCCGGGACCUGAAAGAUAAACUUCUUGAGGAUGUGAAGUCACGCAUUGCUGCCCCAGCCUUAUAUGAUUACCUCGACCCGGACCGGCAUGCUCUAAAAAGGAAAACGUUAGGUAUCGCUGACCCGGAGGGGAUCAAAAGACCCAUGUUUCGAAUUGACAAUUCAUUCGGGACACCAGACUCGCGGUCAGGGUUAUCAGACACAAGACGUCCUUUCAAUGGAUCUACACCAAAUAUUCUUGCACUUCCGCGUAUUCGGAAGGCUCGCCAUCUUGGUCGGACAGAUGCUGCUUUCUUGGACGAAAGGCGCAAGCAGCCGCUGCGGAGAAGAGAAGUCCGGCCACUGUAUCACCGGCUGCAACAGUUGCAUGACGUUGACGACUCAGAUGAUGAACAACGAACACCCAAAGAUACGGAUGAGCAAGACAGUCGGCCUCCAAGUCGGAUGAGCUCGGGGACCUCAGAGUCUGACGAUGGCGACGGCUUUGUUUCCGAGGCUUUGGGAAUUCCAGUUGUAAAACUGGCUGGCUCGGCUCAAAGUCAAGAGCCCGAAGAGAUUUUGAAGGACAAUCAAUCGGUUGGCGAAAGUUCACAGCUUGAAAGCCACGAAAUUUCUCCAGAGUUGCGAAAACGGAAAAGAGCCAGUGAAGAACUCAACGCGCGCAAAAGACAAAAGGAAGAUGACGAACUUUUUGGCAUUAAUUCUGUUGCAACAACCGAAGUCGAAGGCGCCCAAGUCAUCACAACCCCUAUAGCCGUGGACAUAAAUCUCGAAGGGUCAGAAACUGCUCAUAGUAUCUUUCCAAAAGAGAAUCAUGAUAAUCGGCAAGAGAUGGGAGUAGCCAACCAUCUGGACUAUAGUAUUGAUAUUGCGUCCUCAACGACAGAGAAAGACCGCCACGGUAUACUAGCUCCUCUUGACGUUGUCGAUAGUGCAAAAGUGCGCGAAGAAUCCCGAACAUUGGUAGAAUGGCGAGUGUCCAAUGAUGAGCCUAGGCCCAUUGUCGAUGAUGACGACGCAAUAAUUAUGGAUCUCGACGGAUGGCAAAACCUAAUAAAAGACGACGAGGAUCUGCAUUUUCUUCGAGAUAUCCUUGUUGGAUAUCCCGAAUCCAAUGUUGGAAACCUGUCGGCUUGGGCAUGGAGGCAGAAGGAAAUCAAAGCCCUCAAUCAUCCCGGAGAUGUGGGUCCCGUGCGCGAGGAGACUGGCAUCGCAGGUUAUUAUCUACCCAAUACAACAGGUGCUGCUCGAACCGAAGGAAGGAAGAGAAUAUUGGAGUCGGAGAAGUCAAAGUACCUGCCACAUCGUAUCAAAGUCCAGAAAGCACGUGAAGAGCGCGAGGCCAGAGCAAAGAAUGAUCCCCAUACUGCUGCAGUUGAGGCUGCAAGAGUUGCUGCCGCAAAGAACAUAUCUAAGUCUACAUCCAGAUCUACAAGAGUCAAUAACCGCCGAUUGAUUGCAGACAUCAAUGCACAGAAACAGGCCCUUCCCACUCAAUCUGGAGACGGCGACGUCCUUCGCUUUAAUCAGCUGAAGAAGCGAAAGAAGCCAGUACGCUUUGCUCGGUCAGCUAUCCAUAACUGGGGCCUCUAUGCCGAAGAAAAUAUAUCAGCAAAUGACAUGAUCAUUGAAUAUGUAGGUGAAAAGGUGCGGCAGCAGGUUGCGGAUAUGAGGGAGAGGCAGUAUUUAAAGAGUGGAAUUGGUAGCAGCUACCUUUUCCGCAUUGAUGAGAACACAGUUAUAGAUGCUACAAAGAGAGGUGGCAUUGCUAGGUUUAUCAACCAUAGCUGUACACCGAAUUGCACUGCCAAGAUCAUUAAAGUCGAUGGUAGCAAGCGUAUUGUUAUAUAUGCUUUGAGAGACAUCGAGAGAGAUGAGGAGCUGACGUAUGACUACAAAUUCGAAAGAGAGUGGGAUAGCGAUGAUAGAAUCCCAUGCCUUUGUGGCUCAACCGGGUGCAAAGGUUUUCUUAACUGA